UCGCUGCUUUACGCACUGUAAACAGAAAUUAGUGUUGUUUAACAAACAAACAUCAAAGUUUGUUGUUUACAAACUCAACAAAAAGGAAGCCCCAUCAAAACAAUCAAGAACUCAAGAAACAGAAAUCCAGAAAAUGAGCACGCGGCUUUGCGCCUACAAGGACUGCCAUAAUUUUUAUUAUCGGCAGGAUAACAGCGGCUGCGGCGACGUGACACUUUUUGCAUUCCCCAAGGAUACGAAGCGCGCCGAACAGUGGCGUGUGCUGGGUCAAGUGCAUCCAAAAAUUGGUCCCAAACAACUAUAUAUGUGCUCCAUACAUUUUGAUGCCAAAUAUCUAUCUUUGAACAAGAAUCGUCGCAUAUUGCUCGGCGAAGCUCUGCCGUUUCCCUACAGCGAAAGAAGAACACCCGAGGAGAAUCCCGAACAAAUGACAGCCACAUCAUCUUCGACGGCACAGCAAAGCUAUUGCAUCAAUCCGGGUGCUAAGAAAAACCAAAUGGAAGAUGACAACCUCAAAGAGAGUAUAUCGACGACAUGCUCAUCUUCGCAGCAAAGCUUUUAUAUCAACAUGGACGAGGACGAUUUAAGCAUUGACAAACUUGUUAUGGUCGAGUCAACGACAACACCUUCACAGACCAAGGGGAAUGCAGAAACAGAUCUGUUCGACAAAAUUGAAUUGAGCAUUGUGCCGCCCGCCCGCAAACGCGCACGUCCGCCCACGCUGGAGCUGGAUGAGGAGGAGCCGGCGGCAGAGGAUGAUCAGCUUAUAGACGACUCCGAGGUAUCCAUAUUCAAGUUCAAGGGGGAGCAAUAUGUGCAAAUGUCCCGGGAAUACUAUCUGCAAGAGAAACGCCAAUUGCUGGAACAGCUGCGCACCUACAAACGGACGCUGGCCAAUAUUAAAAUGGAAUUAAUGCCGCUUAAGGAUAUAUGAGACGAUUUAACCAUAUUAUAUUUCUUAAAAGCCUA